AUGGUCGUUGGCGAAAGCAGAACAGAGCUUCUUAACUGGCUAAAUGCCACUCUCAAUCUCAAUUAUUCCAAGGUGGAGCAAUGUGGUACUGGAGCAGCUUACUGCCAGUUGAUGGACUCCAUAUAUGGUGGAGUUCCCAUGGGUAAGGUCAAAUUUGAUCCCAGUCUCAGCGAAUACGACUCAAGAGCAAACAUGAAGGUUCUUCAGGCCGCCUUCAACAAGCAGCGGAUUCUGAAGCAGAUCGAGGUGGAGCGUCUCAUCAAGUGCCGUCUUCAAGAUAACCUAGAGCUCCUACAAUGGUUCAAGAGGCACUGGAUGGAACACAAGGACGUCAAUGUGGUUUACGACGCCGCAUCCAGAAGAAAACUGGGCGGAGCAAGAACCCCUCUGGGACCCAAUUCCCGCAGAAGUACCAUGACUUCCAACCCACCUAGUGCUGGAUCAAGCUCCAGACCCAGCCGAAUCAGUUCAGGCAGCUAUAAUGGCUCAAGCGAUCCUCCCAUUUCUGUGCCUAAAAGACGUGUUUCCAGCCAAGGCACCGGCAGAGUCACCGAUGACCGUGUUGCUGAGCUCAUGGCGCAGUUGGACCAGGCCAAGGCAGAGGUGAGUGAAAGCAGAACCAACGUCGAGACACUAGAAACGGAGAGGAAUUUCUAUUUCAACAAGCUACGGGAAAUUGAAAUUUUGACACAGCACAUCGAUACCGCUUUUGAGAAGGACGAUGCCAGCUCGAAGGAGAUCCAGGGUAUGCCCAUCCAGGAAUUGGUGAAGCAGGUGCAAGAUAUACUAUGGCAGAAGGACAACGGGUUCGAGAGCAACGCCGAAGAGAUGGACGCGGAGUUUUUCUAA